AUGGUGAAGAGAAAAGUCGCUGCGCUCGAGAAAAUCGACGCAGACUUUGCGAGUCUGCAGUACAAGAUCCGCCGCGAUCCCAAAUCGUACAAGGAUGACUUCCUGAAGCAAUGGGAGCAGUAUGAGUCGCAGCGCGAAAUCUUCCUCAUGUCGCCCGGCACGGCGACGGGCGACCUGGUCGAGUCCUUCCACAACAUGGUCGACCUGAUCGCGCACGUCGCCGACUGCUACCCCGAAGAGACCAAGACUUACCCCGACGACCUCAAGACGAUCCUGAUACAGCACCACACGGUCAUCCACCCCGAGCUGAGAGACAAGGUGGUGGGCAGCCUUGUCCUGCUCCGGCGCAAGGACAUCAUCGACUCGGCCGACCUGCUGACGACGCUGUUCCCCAUCCUCGUCUCGUCGCCGAGCAAGACCCUGCGCGAGCUGCUCUUCAACAAGAUCCUCAGCGACAUGCGCAACUCCAACACCAAGGCUACGAACCACCCACUGAACCGCACCAUCCAGACCGUCCUCUACAACCUCGUCACCGCCGACAGAACCUCGCCCCGCGCCAUCUGGGCCAUCAAGCUGACGCGCGAGCUGUGGAAGCGACAAAUCUGGACCGACUCGAAGCCAGUCGAUGUCAUGAAGGAGGCCUGCCUCGCUGAAAACGAAAAGGUUGUCGUUGGCGCAACGCGCUUCUUCCUUGGCGGCGACAAGGAGCGAGAGGAGCUCGAGGACGAGAGCAGUGAUGAGGAAGUGGACCUGGGCAAGGUCCGCCACCAAGUCAACAUCAACAAGAAGAGCAAAAAGCAAAAGAAGGCGCUGGAAAAGGCCGUCAACAAGGUCAAGCAAAUGGAGCGCAAGAAGGGCAAGCCGCACCCACUCAACUUCUCCGCGUUGCACCUCCUCCACGACCCGCAGGAGUUUGCUGAGCAGCUCUUCUCAAAACACUUGCAAAACACAAAGGCCAAGCUGUCGCUGGAUACGAAGCUGCUUGUCUUGCAGCUGGUCACGCGGUUGAUUGGUCUGCACGAGCUGACGGUCGUGCCGCUCUACUCGUGGUUCAUCAAGUACCUCACACCGCGGCAGCAGUCUGUCACGUCGUUCUUGGCCUCUCUGGCGCAGGGAACGCACAAGCUCGUUCCACCGGAUGUACUGGAGCCUUUGAUACAGAAGAUUGCCAAUGAGUUCGUCUCUGAAGCCUCGGCGUCAGAGGUUGCUGCCGCAGGUCUCAACGCCAUCCGAGAAAUUUGUGCUCGGCAGCCGCUGGCCAUGACAGACACCCUGCUACAGGAUCUAGUCCAGUACCGAAAGAGCAAGGACAAGGGCGUCAUGAUGUCGGCCAAGGGCCUCCUCUCACUGUACAGAGACGUCGGUGCUGAGUUGCUGAAGAAGAGGGAUCGCGGCAAGGACGCCACCAUCGGCCUCAGGUCAGGAGCGCAAGCUCAGCGGAAAUUUGGUGAGGAGCAGGCCGGCGGCAUCGAAGGUCUGGAGUUGCUCGCCAAGUGGAAGGAGGAUGAGAGGAAGCGAAAGCGAGCAGAGAAGGGGCUGCCGGAGACUGCCGGAAGUGACGAGGAAAAGGACGAGGAUGAGCUCAAUGACAGCGACUGGGAGGUGGACUCGGACGAUAGCAGCAGCUCCGGCGAGUGGAUCAACGUCAGCGACUCGGAAGACGAGGCGCCCGUGCUCAAGAAGCAGAAGAAGUCUGCAGAUGACGAAUCUGAGGAGGACGAGGCCGACGCCGAGGAGCGGGCCGCUGAGCUGGAGCGCAUGUCCAAGCUCGCCACCACGACAAUCCUCACACCCGCCGACCUCGCCAAGCUGCAGGAGCUCCGUUCCGCAGCAGCCGUGGACAGGGCCCUCGGCGGAAAGAGCCAGCGCAAGCGCGGAUCGAACACAGACGGACCCCGGCACGCUGACGACGCCCUCACGGCGGAGAACAUCGAGGCACCGGCGCGACUGCGCAAGCUCACCAAGGAGGAGAAGGUGGCGCUGGCCAAGGAGGGCAAGCCAGCUCGCGAGGAGCACAAGAGCACGCAAGCCAUCCGCAAAUCCAAGAAGGAAGCGGAGGGGAAGAGCACGAGCAACCGCGAGAAGCAGCGCAAGAAGAACUUCCUCAUGACGCUCGGAAAGGCGAAGAGCAAGCAGAAGAGGAGCUUGGUGGAGGCACGCAAGGUGCUGAGGGGUCACGUAGAGCGCAGCUCCAGGGGCGGACGCAGGAGGAACGGCGUCUAA